GCUCACAUUCAGGCGUUGAAAUACACAGUCCGGGCGACGACUUACACACACUCCACUGGCUAUCCGAUCAAAUUCGCAAUGGCAGUAAAAUUAGGAUGUAUACUUAUACUAUUACUAGCAGUUGCGUCGAUCUGUGAAGCUGCAGCGGUAUUUCACCCGAUCUCUGAAUCUCACCGCUCCGCUGCAUUGGAACUGUUUUCCGCUGAUGGUGGAUCGUUUUCGAGCUUAGAAGAAGCAUAUGAAGCGUUAAGGACAUUCGAGGUCCUUGGAAUACAUAAAUCUGAUCUAAAGGAGCAAACUUGUAGUUCUGUGGUAGAUACUCUAUCUACGUCUUCUGCAAAUAUAAAAGACCUGUACCAUGCAUUACGAGUUAAUGGGAUAUUACAAUGCAAGGCAAACAAGGCAGAUAUAAUGGGCAUUGCGUCAAGACUUAAAGUUGCUGUCAAAGAUGCAACAACGCUUCUAGAUUAUUAUUAUUCAAUAGGAGGCUUGCUACUUAUCAAGGAUCAGAGUUCUGAGGUGGAUAUACUUCUCGAAAACGCUGAGGGGAUUAUACGCUCCAUAAAGGCUCUCAGCCAAAGUGAUGGAAGAUGGCGUUUUAGUUCCAACAAUCCCGAGUCUAGUACUUAUGCUGCAGGAGUAGCAUUUGAAACCAUUUCUGGAGUUGUAUCAUUAGCAGCUUCUGCAAUCGAUGAAACUUUGAUUGGGACUCUGAAAAAAGAUAUUGUGAAGCUUUUCGACAGCAUUGAGAAAUAUGGUCAGUGGACAGAUGACGGGGCUUAUUACUUUGAUGACAAACAUAUUGACGCAAGUACACAUCAAGGCCCACUUUCAGCCACCUCUGCAGUUGUUCGGGGGCUGACAACCUUCGCAUCUACUUCUGGAAGUUUAAGUAUACCUGAUGACAAGAUUCUGGGAUUAGCAAGAUUUUUUCUUGGCAUUGGUACUCCUGGCAAUAGCAAGGACUUGUAUUACCAAAUUGAUUCUUUAUCCUGCUUAGAAAACAAUAGGGUAUCUGUUCCUCUAAUUUUAUCGCUUCCAGCUUCCGUGCUUUCAUUGACCAGUAAAGAUAAACUUAAGGUUAAGGUGAACACCGUGCUGGGAUCUUCUGCUCCAUCUUUGUCAGUAAAGCUCAUGCAAGUUUUUAGCUCUGGAUCAAAAGACGCUUCAGUUCUUAAGCAGGAACUUCGUUUCGAUCCCGUAGAAGCUAUACAUACCUUGGAUGCUUUGCCAGAAGGUGUUGAUGUUGGGGAGUAUGUUUUUGCGUUUGAGAUCGUGUUUUCUGAUCCAGAACUUAAAAGAAAAUUUGCAACCGGAGGCCGAACCAAAGUGCCAGUCCAUGUUACUGGAAUUAUUAAAGUUGGUAGUGCCAAAGUUGCUGUGCUUGAGGGUGAUAACGUGGAGUCUGAAAAGAAGCUUGAUUUACCUGGAAAGACAGAUGUGUCUCUAUCAGCAAACCACCUUCAGAAGUUACGCUUAUCAUUUGUGUUGACAACCCCAUUUGGCAAGGCGUUCAAGCCACAUCAGGCAUUUUUAAAGUUGAGACAUGAAACUGGAGCUGAACAUAUCUUUGUUGUCGGAAAUUCCGGGAACCAGUUUGAGAUAACUCUGGAUUUUCUUGGUCUUGUUGAGAAGUUUUUCUAUCUUUCCGGUCAAUAUGCCAUUGAGCUGACAGUGGGUGAUGCCGCCAUGGAGAACUCUUUCUUGCAACCUCUUGGCUCUAUCGAGUUAGAUAUGCCCACCGCACCUGAAAAGACAACCCAACCCCCUGCACUAGCUGUUAGUCCUUACUUAAGAUACGGGCCCAAAGCAGAGAUAUCACACAUCUUCCGGGUUCCCGAAAAACGUCCUUCUCAAGAGGUUUCCUUUGGCUUCUUGGGUCUGGUUUUUGUUCCAUUUCUGGCAUUCUUAGUUGGGUUGUUACGUCUUGGUGUGAACUUGAAGAACUUCCCGACAUCAGCCGUGCCUGCCACAUUUGCCAUUCUCUUCCAUGGUGGCAUUGCAGCUGUUCUCUUGCUCUAUGUGUUUUUCUGGCUGAAGUUGGAUCUUUUCACCACAUUGAAAACUUUGGGACUUCUGGGGAUUUUCCUGAUGUUUGUUGGACAUAACACUCUUUCCCAUCUUGCUUCGACAUCAGCCAAGCUAAAAGCGGCCUGAGAAGACGAUCGAUUAGAUACCAUAAAGUAGAAAUAUUAGACAUGGCCGUUUAACAGUCACAUGAAUCAUUUUGAUCAUAAAUAGAAACAUGAGUUAAAAUUUAGAAUUCAGUUUUGACUAUUGAGUUUAAUCAUGUAAUGUCAACGAACCCUGUUUGGGUAUUUAUUUCCAA